UCCUUCACAACUUUCGAAUGUAACAAAAUUCUUAUCCGUCAGUUUAGGGCCGCAAAAUUCUCCUGUUUGUGUGGGUCUUUCGUUCUAGUUGGCGUCAGGAGAUUGGUGCAGUCCUUGCUUUAAGAAGCCGUCCGCAGAAUGCCGGCCCCGCCGAUUGGUAUUGAUUUGGGCACAACGUACUCGUGCGUAGGUGUUUGGCAACACAACAAGGUAGAGAUCAUAGCCAAUGAUCAGGGCAAUCGGACAACGCCCAGCUAUGUGGCAUUCAAUGAAACGGAGCGUUUAAUUGGCGAUGCUGCGAAAAAUCAGGUUGCCAUGAAUGCCAUGAACACAGUGUUUGAUGCUAAGCGCUUGAUUGGACGCAAAUUCGAUGACCGCAAGAUUCAGGAAGAUAUGAAACAUUGGCCCUUCAAAGUGAUCAACGACGGUGGCAAGCCAAAGAUCGAGGUCGAGUUUAAGGGAGAACGCAAGCGUUUUGCACCGGAAGAAAUCAGCUCGAUGGUUUUGACAAAAAUGCGUGAAAUCGCGGAGGUCUAUUUGGGCGGAAAAGUUAAGGACGCGGUAAUCACAGUACCAGCGUAUUUCAACGACAGCCAACGCCAGGCUACAAAGGAUGCGGGCACCAUAGCGGGUCUCAAUGUCCUGCGCAUUAUCAAUGAACCAACAGCAGCGGCUCUGGCCUACGGGCUGGACAAAAAUCUUAAGGGAGAGCGCAACGUGCUAAUCUUUGAUUUGGGCGGCGGCACCUUCGAUGUAUCUAUACUGUGUAUCGAUGAGGGCUCUCUGUUUGUGGUGAAGGCAACGGCUGGGGAUACCCACUUGGGUGGGGAGGACUUUGAUAAUCGACUGGUUAAUCAUUUUGUGGAUGAGUUCAAGCGGCGGCAUAAGCGAGAUCUCAGAGUCAAUGUGCGAGCUAUAAGGCGACUGCGAACUGCCUGCGAGCGGGCCAAGCGCACACUCUCCUCCAGCACGGAGGCGUCGGUGGAGAUCGACGCAUUACACGAGGGCAUCGACUUUUACUCGAAGAUAUCGCGAGCACGCUUCGAGGAGCUAAACAUGGAUCUGUUUCGCUCCACCCUGCAGCCAGUCGAGCGCGCGUUGCAGGACGCCCAUAUGGACAUGAACGCCAUCCACGAUGUGGUGCUGGUGGGUGGCUCGACCCGCAUACCGAAGAUUCAGCGUUUGCUGCAGGAUUUCUUUGGCGGCAAGCAGCUGAACUUGUCCAUCAAUCCGGAUGAGGCGGUGGCGUACGGUGCCGCCGUGCAGGCAGCUAUCAUCACAGGCGGCGGAAGCUCACAGAUACAGGACGUCCUGCUGGUGGAUGUGACGCCACUCUCGCUUGGUAUAGAGACGGCGGGCGGAGUGAUGACCAACCUGGUGGGCCGCAACGCACGCAUUCCCUGCAAGCAGCAGCAAGCCUUCACCACCUACAGUGACAACCAAAAUGCGGUGACCAUACAGGUGUACGAGGGCGAGCGCGCUCUGACCAAGGACAACAACCUGCUGGGCACAUUCAAUCUAAAUGGCAUACCGCCGGCGCCUCGUGGCACGCCCAAAAUUGAUGUGACCUUCGAUCUAAAUGCCGAUGGCAUUUUGCAUGUGAGCGCCAAGGACAACAGCACUGGACAGUCGGAAAAGAUAACCAUUACUAAUGACAAGGGUCGUCUAUCAAAGGCCGAAAUCGAUCGAAUGCUGGCCGAUGCGGAAAAGUAUCGGGACGAGGACAAUCGACAACGUGCGCGCGUUCAGGCAAGGAAUGCACUGGAGACAUACAUCUAUAGCUGCAAGCAGACCGUCGAUGAGGCACCGAGUGGCGCGCUGCGUGACGAGGAUCGCGUCAAGGUGAGGGUCAAGUGUGCGACGGAAAUGUCAUGGCUGGACAGCAAUAAUCAGGCCGAUAAGGCUGAGUACGAACGGCAUCUGAAGGAGUGCCAGCGCAUCUGCAGUCCCAUCAUGACCAAGCUGCUCAGUGACGGCUCAAAGAAACAGAGCACCACCAAAAAGCGCAGCAGCUGCUCCUCAUAUCCCACCGUCGAAGAGGUGGAGUAAGCAGACAGACCUCAUCAAACCACACCAUACUCCCUUGCAGAGCAACACACACUCAAAAUUUAUUCUGAAAUUGUAUUGAAUAUGUAUUUGAAAAUAAAUUAGCAAGUGAUUAGAAACAGCAA